AUGGUUCUCAUCUACAGCAACUCCUUAGUUCCCAAAGAUCUUCGGUUUGCGCACUGGUAUCAAUAUGCAGCAUUUUACGGCUCGCUAGGAAUGAUGGGGGUUCCACUCCUCAUCUGGUUCAUUAGGGUUAUCAUCUACAAGUUUCGAGCAUGGAGAUCACGACCACCGAAAGCUCCCGCGUCAUUUUCGGCGAAAACUUAUCUCGCAGGCCGGCGGAUGCAAUCAACGGCGAGAGAACGAAAACCAUUCCCAGAUGAAAUCGAGACUUUUGGAAUGUACUUGGGGAGGGGUGUUGAUGACUUAUAUGGGAAGGGAUUCGAGAUGUUGGUAUUGGACGAGCAGUCUGUGGCGACAUUGCAAAGACCUAGGCUUUCGAGUAUACCCGAAGAGGGCACACCAGAAAAGAAAUCAGUCAAGGUCGUUUUGUGUCAUGUGCGCAAGCCAUUCUUUGACGACAAAACGACACCGGAGCAAAAGCUUGGAGCAGUGGUUGAUGCGGUUCAUCGUCUAUCUGGGGCUCCUAAUGCAUACGGACUUUUGCUUCCAGCCGAUAUAAUACCAAAGCCGAUGCUCAACGAAUUGCUAUAUCAUUGCGGAUUCCUUGGUAUUCCGAUAUUCCUCCAGAGUUUACCGCCAUUCACAGAUAUAUUCGGUUUAGAUAUGACGCAGAUGGGGGGUGUAAUAUUCGAAAAUGCUUGUAUUCAUGCAAACGGCGAACGAAGAGACUUCUUUCAAUCAGAUCACCUUCGAUACGGCAUAGGACGAUGCGCACGGCAGAGGGAAACGAGGCCCGAAUUUUUCGUUGGGUUCCACGAUACAUGGGAAAUUCGGCCUCAACCAGCAAUUGUCCGGAGGGCUGUAAAGAUCGCAAAGUUCUUUGGUGCGGCGUUGCAGGUUGCGUCGUCAAGAAGUUUAUCACAAAUUGAGGAGUGUUUCCCUGUGGAAAUGUGUCUCGCCGGCUUUGAUUGGUUGAAGAGAGACGACGUCAGCGUGCUCCAUAAGGACUGGGUGGAAGAGAGGAAAGCAAUUUGCUGUGAUGACCAAGGGCAAUAUGAAAUUAGUAGACUGGAUGUUGAGGGGCUGCGAGACGUUAUACCCGGAAUCGAGCAGUAUUUCCAACUUUUCAAUAUCCGAGAAGAAGGAGACCAGUCUUUUUUUUACCCUGACCUAGACCCGAUAAACCCGACAAAUUAUAGCCUUGAGGCACCUCGGCGGUUGAACUUUUGGACAAUGUCGAGUUUGAACGACCCCUUGUGCCCAUUGGGGUGCUAUGACCUCGGUGAAGAGGUUUUGCAAGACCAUUUCGAUGCAAUUCAGAAGAGCCAGGAACAUCUCCGGGAUAUCAAUAUGUUGCACCUCCUUGGGGAAACACAAAUCCACUCCCUCUCGAAGGCCUACCGAAGGCUUCGAUCUUACUAUGUCGAACAAACAGAUCCGAUUCUCCAAAACGAGUAUGCAAGUCGUGGCAGGGUAGUCCAACCCUUAAUUGAUGGCCUAGCAACAGGAAGGAUAUUCGUUUUUCAUGGUCUCGACACUGGAUUUGCGACACCUGACAAUAACGCUCGCCUUUGGGCUGUCAGCAAAGUUAUUCAUCAUCACGGGGAAGACGAUAAACUCCAUGUUUUCGUUUCACAGAAAGCCCCCGAUCUACUGGGAACUGUAUUACAUACCUACCUCGCUGUAGCUGGGGUUCCAAGAGAAGAGCGAUUUUACUAUGAAAUCGACCUUGCGCGAUCUAUCAAACCUGAUCUUCCAUUGAGCAUUCUCCCGCCGAGGGUUCUAUCAGAGAUAAACAAUGCCACAUAUGCCGAACAACUUACGCUUCUUUCUCAGAUACAAGUCUCAAAUAGUUCGCGAACCCCAAUAAUCGAGCUUGUGGAGGAUAGAUGUAGGGAGCUACUGAUCAAAGAUACAACGAAGCUAGCAUGGAAGGAAAUACACGCGAAGAAUCUCUUGAAUGGAACCAUGAGCGCCUAUGAUGUCUUGAACUACCGCCUGACUUGGUAUAAACGGCAGGGUGCGAGAGUGCUUCCACAUAUAGGGCGACUAGAUCGAUUAUUCCAGAUAGUGGAUAGUGUGAUUCUUGACGCUCUAUAUACGAUUGACCGAGAAACCAUCAAUGUAAUCACGAAAGUACUCCUAGCAGCGUUUGAUAAAUCCGAUGAUCGGUUCAUGAGAGUUGACGUCCUGUCAGAUCUUUUCGCAUUAAUGGUCUUCUCCGCAUUUCGAAAGUAUGGAUUCGAGGACGUAUACCUGGAAGCGACCGACAGAUGUCCAUUAUUUCAUCAACAAAAGGAUCAAGCUGGUGUUUUUGCUGAGCUCUGGGUUUUGGGAUCUCAAUGCGAGCUAUAUUUUGAUAUCACACCUAGACAGUUGGGAGAAGUUAUAUAUGACAGGUAUCGGAGUUACUUGCGCGCCAACCCCCCUCCGGACGACGCCUGGAACGGAAAGGACCUCUUCACGGCUUAUACGAAAGUUGAAUACAUUGCGGAACCGGAAACAAGAACAGAAGCCAUCGCAGCGCCUAAACAAGAGAGCAGCGAGACAAUGGAAGGGAUCAAGAAAUAUGGUUAUCUUUCCAUAUUCUGUUUACCCGGUAUCAUCGACAUUCUGCUCCUGACAUUCCUGGGGCGAGGCCUUUACUUAACCGGGUUUAUGCACGACGUUGAGACUUUAAUGGCUUCUUUUGCUUUAUUGACAUCGCUUUUGAUGUGCGCUGGCGUUACGGGUUGGGUUGGUAGUGGUGGUGGUUUCUACUUGUUUAAUUUCGCUUUCGAUUCUAUGAACCAUUUUUUUAUUUCUCGCAUGGUCGGCGGGUUUAUGCUUUCUUGCACAGUCAGCGUCUGUUGCUUCAUCGCCUUUGGCCUCCAAUACGGCUGGUACGGUGCCGCGAUUUUUCUUGCAUAUUUCAAUUUCCUCUCACCAUAUCUCAACCUAAUCGGUAUUCUCGCCACAACCCAUCGAGAUGGCGCGCCACUGCCAUCUGGUAGAAAAGUACUGGCGAAGAGUAUGUUCGUCUUAGUCCUAUCACCGAUUAUCACAACAUUUUACAAUGGCCAUGAUGUGGUUAUAUAUCUGCCAAUCUGUUAUACCUUUUUAUUCGUCCUAUUCUAUAACUAUAGAAAACUUUGUAUUACUUGGGCUACCUGGUUGGAUAGUAUCGUCAUGAUUGAUGAUAACAAGAUCCUGGAAUGGUGGGCAGAAGAAUACGCUGGUGGGAAUAAACUGGCAAUCCCCAAGGAUGACGAAGGAGCUCGAUCUGCGUUGCUCGAUAAAGCUCGUGCAUUGCUUUUAAAGAGGGUGCGCACGGCUGAUCUAAGACGCCAUGGAGUUUUUACGAGAUUCUUCCCGAUCAAAGAAACGCCGUUCGUAAAGAAGUUGGUGUUGGGGUAUCGUGAAUCAGUAUGGCUGCUCAAGAAGGAUGCAUAUGGAGCGGAUAUUCCAGAGCCAUAUACACCGACUUGGCAUGUUCAAUUGAAGGUGUCAUUGAACACGCAGAGAUUGUUCGUCAGAGGGUUGAAGGAGCAUAGUCCCUUUCAAAUGUGGAGGUAUUCGAAGUAUGAUAUUGCUCAAAACGUCACAGUUUUUGUUAUUGCUUUACUCGAUCGUUGGGUCGAAAUUGCAAUGAGCGCCAACGGAUACGUUAUCAGUUUAUAUAUCGAGUUCAGAGCAAGAUACGGUAUCGCUUUUGGCCUUCUCUACUUCUUAUCCGGCGCUAUCGCACUCGACAGCCACAUCCAAGGCUGCUGGGGUCUUAUGGCAGAAAAAUCCAAAAAGAAGUUGAAAAAUAAAGAGGCAAUGGAUAAAGCUCUUAGUGGGGAUAUCGCUCGAAAAAGGGCAAUGUACUACAAAGCGUUGUGGGAAUUAUUCCUCUACCUGGCGUUUUUGUUUGGUGUCUACACGAUGGCUAUAUGGUUAUUUGUGUAUGAUACCAACCAGACAGUAUUGUACUUUGGAUACUGUUAUGGGUAUACCGGGGUUCUGAUUAUGCAGUUCAAUCGCGUGUUCACAAGGAGUAUUCGACAAUACGACUGGGGCAUAAUGAUUGCCGCCUGUAUCGGCUUCUUCACCGGUUGUCUUAUGCAUUCCAUACCCGCGCUGCACAUGUUCCGCUUCAACGAUACCAUUGCUCUCGCCACCGCCUCGACCUUAGGUGUAGCAUUUAGCUAUGCUCUAACGGACUUCUCCCCCCAACCAAAGGAGGAAGAAACUGGCGACACAGAAAACGUAGAAAAGACCAAUUGGAAACUCUACUCCCAAAAGUACCUCGGCCUCGUCCCAGGCGAGACCUGCGUAAAGCCUAAAACUAUCGACCUCUUCAUCGACGAAUACCAGCAUAUUCGGUACUACCCCGGUAGCGCGCUUUCGGAUCGAAUCGAACGGAUCCUGACAACUCGGAAACCAAGCACUGAGCUCUCAAAGGCACUCCCCGCUUUAUCUUCUUACCAAACAGCAGCUUACACGCGGUGGAGAAAUGGGUCUACGGUGUUAUACUUAACCACGGCUAGUGGUAUGAGGAGAUUAGGUUCACCGUAUUCCAUAGCCGUGGGUAUAAUGCGUGAUCUCCAUCUCGACGUUUAUGCAUUUGUUCCUGGUGUGACCCCCGCGUUCGUUCAGGGUGAUCAAGUGGAUAUAGUGGCGCAUAUCUUAGCCGAAGGUCUUCUUCACGAAACCUGCGAGGCAAUGUUUUCACUGACUCAUGCUGACGCAGCAUUGGCCGAAACAUGUCUAUCCGAUCAAGAGAACUCGUUAUUAUCCUACCGGAUGAGAAUACAACUGGAAUUUAGCGACUACAGAAGCUUGACAAGAAUCUGCGAAAGAACUAAUGUUGAGUUACUAAAGCAUUUGAGUUAUAACCAACCUGUUAACCAGAAUUGGGUAACACUCCCUGAAGACGUUCGGGAGAUGAUUCUUGCGCAAGUUGAGAAUAGGGUAUUCUUACCGACACCAGAUGUGGUAAAUUGGGUGGGAACGAUAAAUCGCGAACCGUGGAGGCUAUUCGUCGACAGGAUGACGCUACGAGUAAAACAAUGCCUCGAAAUCUAUGGCAUGGCGAAUAAAAACGUUAGUAGAACAGGUGGCACACGCCCCAUAUCUUACGUCUCUCGAGCAGCAUUCGCAUUACCUGAUCUGCCACCAACAGAUGGGUUGGAACUCAUGCAAAUGACGGAUCCUCCCAGAUUUGGCUUUUUAGUCAAAUGCAGGAGUCUAUGGAUGUCAUUUUAUUGGUUUUUAUUCGCACUAAUAAAGUAUAUAGCCAUCACUUCUUCGGCUGGGUAUGACCUUGGAAGGGAGUUAUGGUAUGCUUUACGGCAUAAGUGGUAUCGAAAGCCAUUGUUGUUUAUAAUACUCUUCUGUUGGAGAGUGUGUCGUCAGGUUCGAGAGUCAGCCAUUACAAUAUUCCUACUACACCAUCGACCUGUUAUCACAAAGCUUCUAAAAGUAGCGAAGGACGGGGUUCCGAGGGUAUUGACGACAAAAACGAUUACAGUCGAUGAUCCACAGACUCCAAUGACAGGGUUCUUAAGUCGUGAAGGAGGGACGUUGAAGUGUGAGUUCUUCACCGGCGUUUUAACAGCCCGCGGUGAUGAUAAGUCGUGGAGGGGAAUGGCGGAGUACGAUGGUACACAACGACUUCGAUCUCUGAACGCUGGUGCGCUUGAUCGACCGAUUCAGACAACAUAUGACUAUGACCCUGGAGAAAAGCAUAGUCGCCAUCCGAUUUUUAAGACCGUUAUCAAAGAUAAUCGGAUCGAUAAGAUAUUUUACGAUGCACAAGGACGGCAAAGCCACGGAAGUAUUUUUGCCGGUGGGAGGGAAUGGUAUUUUGAGUAUCUUUACGCUAUUGCUCCACCUACCAGUAGGGAGAUUCUGAAGGCUAGGUAUACGAGUUUGGAUCCGGAUUACCCUGCCAUAUACUCCGUUUACUGGUGUAUUGUCCCAUUGCAUGAAGACGGGAAUAUUAAGAAAUGGAAACCAUACGAGAAGAUUACACGACUUGUGUAUUCAUAUCGAUCAAGAUCUUGGGAUACGACGUGGACUUAUGCACAUCAACGGCAUCCGACGUUAUCGACCGUAUACCUUGAAAACGACGAGAUUAAGUUUCAAGACCAACCCGCUCCGGAAGCAUUACAAGAUCUUUAUGGGUUCUUUAAGAAGCCACAGAGGUUGGGGUUUGAGAAUGAGGAUUUAUUGUUCUUUCAUCCGCCGAGCAAGAUUGGAUCGUUAUUUGCUAGACAGUUGGGACAUGAGAAACCUUCUUGGGUUUCAAAGUUUUCGUUUUCAAAGCAGAAGGUUGUUUAUGGACCUGUCCAUACUUCAAAGCUGAGGACGAUAUUAUGGCAACAGUGGUCUUCUGCGGGAAAUCUAGAUGGUGUAUCAGCUUGUUAUAUCGACGAGUUAAUACUCCGUGAAGAACCCCUUCUAAAAGAAUAUUGGAAACUCCGAGAUCGAGGACAUUUCCGAAAAGCGAACCAUUUCAUUCGAAGUAACAUUAACACGAUCGCUGCCACAAUCGAAGUAACGGACGACGUUUCUCAGAACACCUGGUUGAGCAUCAAAGUCGGAGAUUUACUCACCAUGGGAGGAGCAAAGGAUGCCACGCAUAUAACCCUCAAACCAGAGGAAUGUUACCAAGAUACGUUCGAUAGGUUAUCAGUUACUUUCCUAGACACGGGGUGUUGGCCGGAUGCUCCGGGUGGUGUCAGUAAUUGUCGUCGUGAUUUGGUGAAUGGACAUACGACGAUUCGAAAUCAUGUUCUUACUGAAUCGGCGAAUGAUUAUGGAGUUCCGCGGUAUCAAAUCGAACGGAAUGUUAAUUCGAUGCAGGUGAUCCCGCUUUGGGGGCUUGAUGGGAAAUUGCCAAAUCAUGGGUUGUUCGAUAAUCUGUUGGAUACACAAGUUGAGAACCGGAUUCGGGCUACAAACGUCAAAAGAGAUGUUGUGGGUAAAUUUAUACCACUACUCAGAACACUUAUUAGGGGGGCAAGACAGAACCGGUAUUCGAAUGAAGAUUUGAUUACAUAUUCAAAUGUGUUUUUGAACAUCAACAGAUACUUUGAAGAGAAGGAUUAUAACAAAUCAUGGCGAGCAAAAGAGACUCUAAUAGCCUGGAGAGAAGCAUGGCAGAAAGAAUACGAUGAUCCGAAUAUGGUCAAUCCAUCCUCGUACUUUGAACUCGAACAACCCAGUCUAACAGAUUUCGACAACGCCCUCGAAUUAUUUAUUUGUUAUUUCUUCGUUUACCAUUGUAAAAUCCCCGAUGUUGUGCCAACAGUAUUUCAGAGUACUCAUCACGGAGUGGGAUCUUUAUACGGUAUGAUUUUGAAAUUGAGAAGAGGGGUUACGUGGGGUAUUUGGGAUCAUGCUAUCAUGUGGAGGGAGAGUUGUUUGAAUAUUUCGACGGCACAGUGUUUACUCGCUAUACCGGUGCAGAAUAUGCUGUUGAGUGUGAUGAAAUUGGCGGCGAAUUUGGCGUAUUUCCAUGCUGAUGUGCUGUUGCCUUGUACCAGUGUUUAUAAUCCGGACUGGGAAGCAGAUCUAGGAACCGACUCCGGCCGUCGACAAUCGAGAAAGGAGUUUAGACGAAAAAUUGACCCUGUAACAAACGGUAUAGGAAACAUGGGAUCAUUCCAACCAGUGACGGAAUGCAUCUCCGAAGAACCAACGGUAGUGAUGUUAUCCAACGUCCAAUUCAUCAAAGACAUCAAAAACGCCGUUCAAGCAGCAGAUGUAAUCAUCAACACCUACGGCUUUCGAAACUACCAUUUGACAGUCUACGGCGCCAUGGACCGAACACCCGCGUAUACCGUCGAAACGCAGAAGAUUAUUACCACUAGAGGUCUAACGGGACUUGUCAAACUAGGAGGGUUUGGAAGUCCCAAGACGGUGUUGAAGGAGGCUUGGUUAUUCAUGAACUCUAGUUUAUCGGAAGGUUUACCGUUAGCCAUCGGUGAAGCCGCGUUAAGUGGGAUUCCGAUCGUUGCCACUGAAGUCGGAGCUACAGCACAGGUUCUCACAGACCCCGAUGACCCGGAUAUCAGAUAUGGAGAAGUCGUACCGCCUAAUGAUCCCGUAGCCUUAGCUAGAGCCCAAUUGAGUAUUCUGGCAAUGUUGGGACCGUGGGCAAAGUACACUGAUGACGCGGUAGCCCCACCACCUCUACCAGAAACAUUUACACCAGACGACAGAGAAUGGAUCACAAAACGAAUGUACGAUAAAGCCGAGGAUCGUCGAAAACUAGGACUUCGACUUCGUGAUGUCGUUCUUAGAAGUUUUCACGGUGAUAGGUAUUUGAGGGAACACGAACAGAUGUAUUGGACGCAGAGUUUUAGGAGUAAACAACGGAAAGAUCCGGCGUUGACGGGGUUGAUGGUUAGGCAGAACAGAAUGGGGAGGACAAGGAGUAUGAGGGUUGAUGAGACGGCGGAGUUUUAUAGUCUUUGGGAGAAAGAGGAGAGGUGGCAGGAUUUUGAGGAGAAGGAGGAUGUAUGGGGGAAGAUCACAGGGUUUGUGGGGGGGAAGAAGAAGAACGGAGGGGAUGGAGGGGGUGGAGGGGAGGAGGAUGAUAUGAGUUUGUUGGACGGGGAGGAAGUCUAA